UUAUGAGCUCUCUCCUCUUGCUGCAGUUUUGCAGAGAGAACGUGAGCUUCCAAAUCGGUGCCACCUUUAUUUGGCACUGACACGUAAGUGCCUGCUCUACUUCCAAAGCUUCACGGCCGAGGCGAAAACAUGUUUUUUUUUUUUACUUCGUCCGUAAAUUUACAUUUACGUUUCGGCAUGGCUGCAGAUGUCCUGUGCUGUAAACAAAGCAACUGGUGGAGGCGGCAAGGUGCUCAGUGUCGCCAUUGGAAAUGCUGAAGUAUCGUACCAAAAUCCCGGACGUUUUUGGAAUCCCUGCCGGACGCAUUUUUUAGGUCUCAAAAAGAGGACAUGUCCGGGGAAAAGAGGACGUCUGGUCACCCUAGGUGAAGUAAACAAGUUGGAGGACGACUGAGAAAAAAAGAACUAAAAUGGAAACCCCCCUUUCUCUUUUUGUUUCACAAUCACAGCUCAACAGUAUUGCGCAUGUGCAAUAUAUACAUACUUAUAUCCCUCUUUCGGCGCGGCUUUUCAGUUGGGAAAAUCCAAGCGGACCCUCCCUUUCGGUACCCUACUACAUCACCUUCUUUUCUGGGUUAUUAAAACUCAAUAAAAAAUGGACCCUAACCAAGAUCAACUCUUGAAGACCACAAAUAAUGGAGACGUGAAUGAAGUUGUCACGGAAGAAAGAAAGGAAGAAACCGAUUGUCAGAAUGAAGAAAGCCGGCCACCUCCUGAUUCAGAAACUGUUGCAGAGCCCUGUGUUAAACAGGAGACCUCAGAGUGGAGUCAGGAGGCAUCGGCUCCAGUCCCUCACCACCCUGUGCGUGAACAGGAUGCGGCGCAACAUAAAACCCAUUCUUUAAAGUGGCAAUGGAAUGGAAAAACCAAAAAUGUUACCUGCAAUAAAGCAAGAAGUGUCGAGAGCGCACUGAAGGAAAGUUCACAGUUCAGGGAAAUUGCAAAAAAAAAUAACAAGAAAGAGCUUGUUAUUACAAGACAUGGGAAGGCUAUCAGUUCACACUUUCCAUGCAGCUUAAUUAAAGAUGAACUGCUGACUAUAAAGUACUUUAAAGCUGCAAACGCAGGCCCUAGUGGUUCUGAUCAUCGCCAAAAAAAGAGGCCAUCUAGUGAUCUGGUGAUGUUUGAUUUGCUGACAAAGGGAGGUGCAAAGGUAAACAGAAUCAUGAGAAACCCAGAACUAGAAAAAAAGGACAUUGAUACAAUAACUGUUUAUGCAUACAAAGGGGAAAAAGUGAAGUAUGCUCUGAAAAGAGAUGGACGUCUACUGGAUGUUGUAUUCAAAAGGAACUGUGCACUCCUCAACACAAACACUGAAGAAACCACUGAAAUGUCUGACCUCGUUCAUGAUCAUGAUGGGGAAAUUUACAAGAUCGUACUGCUCAAUUUGUCCAGUCCACCAUUAAGUCAGCCUGGCAGCUUGGAGGAAACCCCCACGAUGAGUGACCCUCAGAGGUCUGACUCUGAAGGGAACCCAGGUCCUCCACAGCCGUCUGCCACAACUCAGUCAGUGAAUGUCAACACACCAGAAAAUACAGCAGGGCUAGAUGGUAAAAAAGAACCGGAUACGUUCCAUAAAAUAAUCCAUUCAGAACGGAUGCUGAUUGACUUAUUCACAGAGUUUAAAAAGGUGCUGAAGGGAAUGAAUAGUCAGCGAGUUCCUAAUCUUUCUCGUGCCCGUGAUCUGCUGCGUGUGGAGUACUCAAAGAACGAUGAAACAUGCAGGGAAGUGAGAACAAUGAAGACACUGAUGCAGCUCAGUGAUUCUGUUUGCCAAGUGAGAAUAAACGACAGAUCAAAGGGAAGUGGCUUCCUCCUAUUUGACAAGUUUGUGCUCACAAAUGGCCAUGUAGCUAAAACAUUUUAUGACGGGAAAACACAGCUCAUUUCUCCGGGCGUCACUGUCCAUUUCUCCUUUGAAAGUCUUGGUCAGGCGGAUUCAGGAGCAGCGGUGAUUGAGGUUGUUGGAUUUGAAAAUGGCUGCGAUGAGUCAGGGCAGAAGUGUGACUGGGCUUUGAUGAGGAUUGUUACUGAUCAUAAGUUGCCUGACGGUCUGUUAACACAUUUGGGACGGCUUCCCCAACACGGUGGAAUUUGCAUUAUUGGGCAUCCUGGUGAAGGGGUGAAAAAGAUGGAUCCAUGCUUCAUUAUCCCAAAUGAAAACCGCCAACAGGCUGCCGAGAGGCAUCAACGUAAAAAUCCACACGGCGUUUUGCCGACCAAUCCUCACUACUAUGAAUCCGCAGAGAACAUUCAGUUAAUUACGCAGCGCUUCUUUAACGAUGUGAAAAAGGAUAACGAGUUCAGACAGGCUCUGCAUUACGAUACUUGUUUUGGUUUUGGCUCCUCUGGCUCUCCUGUCUUUGAUACGGACUGCAACGUUGUUGCAAUGCAUACAGGCGGAUAUGCGUACCGCAAUGCAAAGAAAGAAAUGCACAGUGUCAUAGAGUACGGCUGUCCUCUGUCCACGGUUAUUGAUCACUUCAUUGUCCAAAUGGUGGAAAAAGGAAAAGCUGAUGUGUUAAAACAAUUCCUGGCUUGCUGUCAUGAACAACAUCAGCCAGAGAUGAUGGCAUCUUUGAAGCAGCUGGUUGAGAAGAACGAGAAUUCGUAUAAGUUCUCUGAAUUAUUCUCUCAGGAAGAGGCUUCGGUCCCAAUGGAUGAGGAUUGAGCAGAUACUGCUGACAAAAAUCUUCAGCAGUGAGCAACAGAGGCUUUAAUGUCUGUUAUCACUGACAUAAUCAUUCAACAUAAUUAUUUUUUAGUAACAUGUUUCUCUCAAAAUGCCUGUUUAAAUGAGUGUUCUCUUCUGAAAUAUAUUUGUGAAUAAAUCAUUUGUGCUUGUUCACCAUUGGCCUGUUAGAUUUGGAAAAACCUGGUUGUAAUGUCUCAAUGUCGCCCAAUAUUAUCUUAUAACAGAUAUGUUAUUUGUUGGUUUAUACGUCAUCCCACGUAGCAUUAAGUUGCAGUAGAGAAAUGCCAACGAUACAGUAUGGUGACUAACUGUAAACUGUGGAUGAUUAAAUGUUUUGGACAAUA